AUGUAUCGACGACAAUAUCACUUUGAUCCGAUCAGGGGAACACGAGAACAAACAUCUCUCCUCGAGCCCAACCUCUUCGACAGCGUGACCGAGAGAUUAGACAAGGCUCCUGAUCAGAUGAAUCCGUCCGACAUUGACUUGUCACAUAUAAAUACAACCAACGAGAUCAACCUUCUCACCUCGUCUAUUCAAGAUAUCCCUUCGGACCAGUCAUGCGCAUGUCUAUCCUCGAUGUAUUUGACGCUGGACAACAUCCGAUCUAUGAAGAGUUUCAGCUUCCCUAGCAGCCUACACUGCCUUCGGGAUGCGCUAGGCACGGCGGAACUAUGUAUUGAUUGUCGAGUUUGCCCAAAUCAGUACCUUACGGCAACGCAAAAUGCACAGCUGCUUGGUACUCUGCUGCUCUCCAUGUCCGAACGCUACAACAGGAUCCUCAAGACCAUAGAAUCGGACACAAUAGAGGCUGAAGAUGUGCGCCAAACCAAAACGCUUCAGAUUGGCAGUACUGGGAUGGUUGAGCCUAGACACGAGCACAUUGGCAGCAUGGCAGGGUCGAGCGAGCCCCUAGUACUUGAGCUGCCACCUUCUGAAUGGAAAAGACUGGCUAAGAAAGUAGUAAAUGCAGAAGUUCACGGAACUUCUGACCCAAGCCGUGCUAGCUUCAUGUCAAUCCUGGCGACUCUGGAAGAAAGACAAGCUCGUUGGCAUAUGAUGGAACCAACUGAUGAUUGUCCAAACCCGGAGCGAAGAAGACAUGAUAUGCAUGAUCACAACAAUAACCCCAUGUGCCUGAUGUUGGCGAGAGAGGCGAAAAAGCUUGUGGACCUCUUCGACUUCAGUUGA